CACUUGUCUCCUUCACUAGUCAUUUUAGUUUUCGGUUCUACGAGCGCAGAGAGAAAGAAGAAGUGAAGCAAAUAACCAGAGCUACAAUGUCAACUCUCACCGUUCCAAAUCAAGUUCCCUCUUUGUCCGAAGACUGUGAGCAGCUAAGAAAAGCCUUUGCAGGAUGGGGAACAAAUGAGGGGCUGAUCAUAUCCAUCCUGGCUCAUAGAAAUGCUGCACAACGUAAGUUGAUUCGACAAACAUAUGCUGAAACUUAUGGAGAAGAUCUCCUCAAGGCGCUGGACAAAGAACUAUCUAAUGACUUUGAGAGAGUGGUGCUGCUUUGGACUCUAGAUCCUGCUGAACGUGAUGCGUUUUUGGCUAAUGAAGCCACCAAGAGGUGGACUUCAAGCAAUCAAGUUCUUAUGGAAAUUGCCUGCACAAGGUCUUCAAAUCAGUUGCUUCAGGCAAGGCAAGCUUAUCAUGCUCGUUACAAGAAAUCUCUUGAAGAGGAUGUUGCACAUCACACUACUGGGGACUUCCGCAAGCUUUUGCUACCUCUUGUGACCUCAUACCGAUAUGAGGGAGAUGAGGUGAACAUGACACUAGCAAAAUCAGAAGCUAAGAUACUCCAUGAGAAGAUCUCUAAGAAGGCAUACACUGAUGAGGAUCUCAUCAGGAUCUUGGCUACAAGGAGCAAAGCACAGAUUAAUGCAACUUUGAAUCACUACAAAAAUGAAUUUGGCAAUGAUAUCAACAAGGACUUGAAGACUGAUCCUAAGGACGAGUACCUUGCACUACUGAGGGCCACAGUUAAAUGUUUGAUCCGCCCUGAGAGGUACUUCGAAAAGGUUCUUCGUUUGGCAAUUAAUAGACAAGGAACAGAUGAAGGAGCUCUGACCAGAGUUGUCACCACAAGGGCAGAGAUUGACAUGAAGGUCAUUAAAGAAGAAUAUCAGAAAAGGAACAGUGUUCCUCUCGAUCGUGCCAUUGUCAAGGACACCACUGGGGACUAUGAAAAAAUACUUCUGGCAUUGAUAGGACACGGUGAUGCCUGAGUAGCUGUCAACUGCGAGAGAUAAAAGAGGCUAUCUAUCUAUUAAGUAUGUUUGCUUGUUGGUGUUAGCGGUUUGCUACAUGUUUUGUUUCAUUGUCAUCUUAUGGUUUUGUGAGUUUUAAAGAACCUUUUAUGCUUACCUGAAUAAUAUGGAGUUCGCUAUGCUAUUAAACUACCAUAUUUAUGAAUGAGUUUAUUUUGUCGAAAA